AUGGCGACCGUCGCGGCCAGAGCGACGCUCGGCGGGGGCAAGGGCGGGGCAGCUGGCGGGAGAGUGGAGGAAGCUCUCGCGGAGCUCAAGAGUGUGGUUCUCGACGACUCGAGGCCGGUGACGUACAAAUGGGCAGCUCGGCACUUCGGCAUCAGCUGCGACGCGGCGAAGCAGCUCAUGCACCGCCUGCUGAGCGCCACUGGAGGGAAAGUGGAGGCUGUGUACUGCAUCAGCGGCAGCGCGAAGGCAGACGCCGGUCUUCGGGUCGUGCUCUGCACCGCGAAGGGGUUGAAACGAGCAGAGGACGCAAUGUCGGAAGUUUUCUCGACGCACGUGCACAGCGUGCGGCCACGCGGCGGAGGGGACGUCAGCAACGUGCACAACACAGAGAAGGAGCAGCUGGUGAAGAUGGUCUCGGAGAUGGUCGAGACGCACGCCGUGACCGCAGUGGGUGACUUCGGGCCUUGCAAGAGCGUGUUGUUCAGCAGCGCGUGGAGGCCGAUCAUGGCUGCGACGCGCGCGCAAGCGGCGGCGAACGACGACGAUGUCGAGGAGCCAGCGCCACAGGUCCCCGCGACCAAGGGGGCGAAAUCCUCCGUCCCAAAGACGACAGCAGCCCCGAAGCCGGGUCCGAAGCCACAGGCCGGGGCCGGCGAUCGCGAGGCGAACAAGAAGAAGGUCCAGCAGUCGGCCAUCGCUGGGAUGUUCGCGAACGCGAAGGCGCGGCCGAAGCAGCAAGCCCCGCCGGCGCAGGCACAGAAGCCGGCGAGCAACGUCGCAGCCGCGGUCAGCAAGCCCGCGACACCGGCAGUCGCGCGUGUCAAGGCAGCCGUGGACGCCAACCUGGAGGACUCCCCCGAGAAGCCUGGGGCACGAGGCCGCAAGCGUCAGUUGCUGGAGGACUCCGACGACGACGAGAGCAGCGAGAGCGAGGCGGAGGAGGAGGAGGAGGAAGGCGCAGGAGCGGUGGAGGAGGAGGAGGAGAUGGAGGCGCCUCCCGAGCCGGUUGCACCGCCGAAGCCGCAGAAGCAGGUCCCGAAGAAGUCGUCUGGCAAGCGCAGGCGAGAGGAGCGCGUGACCUUCGACGACAAGGGCAGGGAGUUGGUGGAGGUCGUUUGGGUGGACGAGGAGACGGGCGAGGUCGCGAGCGACGAGGCCCCGAGCCCACCGAAGAAGGCAAAGACAGGUCCCAAGCCGAAGCAAGCCCCCCCGGCGGCGAAAAAGGCCCCCCCAUCCAAACCCUCCGCAAAGACGGCGGGCAAGGCCCCGGCGCCCAAGAAGGGGGCACAAAAGCAGUCUGGCAUCAUGGGGUUCUUCGGGAAGAAGUGA